AUGUCUGACUUUGAUAAAUAUGCUACUCCAUUAUCCUCAAGAUAUGCUUCUAAAGAGAUGUCUCAUGUUUUCUCCUUAAGAAACAGAUUUUCCACUUGGAGAAAAUUAUGGUUGAAUCUUGCUAUCGCCGAACGUGAAUUAGGUUUAGAUGUCAUUACCGAAGAAGCCAUCCAACAAAUGAAAGACCAUUUAAUUAUCACAGAUGAAGAAAUUGCUGCUGCUUCUGCCCAAGAAGCAAUUGUUAGACACGAUGUUAUGGCCCAUGUUCAUACUUUCGGCCAAACAUGUCCCGAUGCUGCGGGUAUUAUUCAUUUGGGUGCCACAUCUUGUUUUGUUACAGACAAUGCUGAUUUAAUCUUUUUAAGAAAUGCAUAUGAUAUUGUGAUUCCUAAAUUAGUCAACGUUAUUGAUAGACUAGCCAAAUUCGCCUUGGAAUAUAAAGACUUACCAGUCUUGGGUUGGACCCAUUUUCAACCUGCUCAAUUGACAACUUUAGGUAAAAGAGUCACUUUGUGGAUCCAAGAGCUUUUAUGGGAUUUAAGAAAUUUUGUUAGAGCUAGAAACGAUAUUGGACUACGUGGUGUGAAAGGUACUACCGGUACACAAGCCUCUUUCUUAGCCUUAUUCCAUGGCGAUCAUGAAAAAGUUGAAGAAUUAGAUAAAAGAGUCACUGAGUUAUUAGGAUUUGACACCGUGUACCCAGUCACUGGUCAAACUUAUUCCAGAAAGAUUGAUAUUGAUGUCUUGGCCCCAUUAUCCUCCUUUGCUGCUACUGCUCACAAGAUGGCCACUGAUAUUAGAUUAUUGGCUAAUUUGAAAGAGGUUGAAGAACCAUUCGAAAAAUCUCAAAUUGGUUCUUCCGCCAUGGCCUAUAAAAGAAACCCAAUGCGUUGCGAACGUGUAUGUUCCUUGGCAAGACAUCUCGGAUCUCUUUUCAGUGAUGCUGUCCAAACUGCAUCUGUGCAAUGGUUUGAAAGAACUUUAGAUGAUUCUGCUAUUAGAAGAAUCUCCUUGCCAAGUGCAUUUUUAACUACCGAUAUUCUUUUAACUACACUAUUAAACAUCUCUUCUGGUUUAGUUGUAUAUCCAAAGGUUAUUGAAAGAAGAAUUAGAGGUGAAUUACCAUUCAUGGCUACAGAGAACAUUAUUAUGGCCAUGGUUGAAAAAAAUGCUUCUAGACAAGAAGUUCACGAACACAUCAGAGUUUUAUCUCAUCAAGCUGCUGCUGUAGUAAAAGAACAAGGUGGCGAUAACGAUUUAAUUACACGUAUCAAGAAGGAUGAAUUCUUUAAACCAAUAUGGGAAGAAUUGGACUCUUUAUUAGAUCCAUCAACUUUCGUUGGUAGAGCUCCACAACAAGUGGAGAAGUUUAUCCAAAAUGACGUUGCCAAGGCCCUAGAACCACAUAGACACUACAUCAACGAUCAAAAAGUCGAAUUAAAUGUUUAA